GUUCCUGGCGGUGUGGACAAGGUUCCUGCCGGUGAGGACAAGGUUCCUGCCGGUGUGGACAAGGUUCCUGGCUGUGAGGACAAGGUUCCUGGCAGUGAGGACAAGGUUUCUCGCGUUGAGGACAAGGUUCCUGGCGGUGAGGAUAAGGUUCCUGGCGGUGAGGACAACGUUCCAUCUUGUGAGGACAAGGUUCCAUCCUGUGAGGACAAGGUUCCUGCCGGUGAGGACAAGGUUCCUGGCGGUGUGGACAAGGUUCCUGGUGGUGUGGACAAGGUUUCUGCCGGUGAGGACAAGGUUCCUGGCGGUGAGGACAAGGUUCCUGGCGGUGAGGACAAG